UUCACCGUGAACAAAGCUUGCUAAUGUUCUCAAAAUGAGAUUGAUGAGCUCAAUGCUCAAUGGUCACCUUUCAACUUUUCAUCGUGUACCGUGUACUUGUACAAAAUGAUAUUUAGAGAUUGUGCACUCGCCAAUUCGCCUAUUUCUUAGAGGCUAAAGUAAACAUUCUAACAUAUUUUUUUAUGAUUACCUUCAGUUUCUUUCACGACUGACAUAACCAUAGUCACUACGUACUAAUACAUACUUUUCAUUCACAUGUAAAUAAACAAUAUUAAUUUACCAAAAUAAGGUGUGUCUUUUUCUUCUGGGUUAAUCAUAAUUUAGUCACCAGAACGAUGAUCAAAUACAUUGCCUUAUCAUUUAUCGUGAUUCUCAUAACAGUUAAACUAACUGUAUCACUAGAAUGUUAUGUCUGUGACAAUCAAGAGGACAACCAUGGGAAAUGUGCAACCACAAUACAAACCUGUAAUUAUGGAGAAGACGUAUGUUUGUCUGAAAUAAGUUGGGGAAGUACACCUUAUUGGCAACAGGGUGCCCUGAAACAGUAUUACAUAUCAAAAAGAUGUUCAACAAAAGAUAAGUGUGCAAAAUAUAGAAGUAGCAACAUGGGCACUUGUACUCAUAUCUGGUACCAGGACUGGAAGUGUUCUGAAUGUUGUAAAGGAGACAGAUGUAACUAUUACAUAAUUUCUGGAGCAAGUAAGAACAAUUUUUUGGACCACAGAAUAUUAUUAGUUUCAGCAGUGAUAGUAUUUCUGGGUCUCUACUCAUAACCCACAAAUCUUUGAUCAAGAAUGAAGGGGAUUUUUGUUAAAUGAAGGUAUUUAACAAGCAGUAGAAGAAUUUUCUACUACAUUACCACAGUGAUUUUUGUCAAUUCCGUCCAAAAACACAAUAUUUUUUUAUGAGUAGGUAGGUAUGUGAAGUUUUAUCAUUUUUUUUUUUAAUUUAUCAAUUUUUCCCAGGUAAUGGAUUUUACCCUGAGGAUUUUUAUUGAGUCUCAUAUUUAUGAUAUUAAUAAUAUUAAUGUAUCUCUGCCUUUGCCUAUCACAUAUCAAACCUGAUUUUAGAGGAAAUAGUUAUUGGUAAUUAUGUAU